AUGUCACUCGCAACACCUGCACCCUCAUUAAUCCUCCACCUCCUUAAAACAAACACCCUGAUCCGGCCCUUCGCGCCCACAGACUCCGACAUCGAGUGCCUCGCCCAGCACGCCGACAACCCCCUCAUCGCGCAGUUCAUGCGCAACGCCUUCCCGCACCCGUACACCCGCGACGCAGCGAUAAAGUGGAUCAACUUUACUCUCAGUCAAAACCCAAUCUGCCAUUUUGCGAUCUGCGACGCAAACACAAAUACAAUCAUCGGUGCGAUUGGCUUGAAAGGCAGGGACGACGUGCAGUAUCGCUCCAUGGAGGUGGGAUACUGGCUGGGCCAGGAGUUCUGGGGAAGGGGCAUUGGGAGCGAGGCGGUUGGGGAAUUUGUGAAGUGGGUUUUUGGGCACGAGGGGUUUGGCCACCUUGUGAGGAUUGAUGCGGAGGUCUUCGACGGGAAUGAGGGGAGUAAGAGGGUGCUUGAGAAGGUUGGGUUUGGGUUUGAGGGGAGACGGAGGAAGGCUGUUGAGAAGAAUGGGCUUGUGCUGGAUACGUUUGUUUAUGCUUUGUUGAGGGAGGAGUUGUGA